AUGACCUUUGCCUUGGAAAACGAUGCUUUUGACCAGGCACAGCUGCUGGAAGGGAUGUUAAUUGACAUAAAGGAGCACUCCUACUACAUGCGCAAAUCUAUAGAAAAGGAGGAUCUAAAGUCUACGAUAGUUCACGUUUCUAACAUUGUUGGAGAGCUUAGAACAUCUAACCUUUCUCCCAAAUACUAUUAUCAGCUUUAUAUGAGAAUAUUCAAUGAGAUGCAACAUUUCUCAAACUUCAUUGGAGACAAGUCUAAACAUGGAAUUGAUAUUUGUGACAUAUAUGAUUCGGUACAGCAAGCUGGGUAUAUUUUGCCUCGAAUAUACUUAUUAACAACAGCAGGUUCUUUCUACAUUGCCCAAGGUACCAAUGUCUCUCGCCGUAUUCUUAAUGACAUGACGGAGAUGUGCAAGGGCGUACAACAUCCAAUGAGAGGCCUAUUCCUCAGGUACUACAUGGUACAAAUAUGUAAAAACAGGCUGCUCGGCUCAUCCUCGAACGACCUUAACUCGUUCGAGGAUUCACAUGAGUUUUUGUUGCAAAAUUUUGCGGAAAGUGCCAGUCUUUGGGUAAGACUUGGACAGAACAUAUUGUCAAUAAAGGAGAGGAAGAAACGAGAGACGGAAAGGCUCGAACUUGGAAUGCUUGUCAGUACAAAUCUUGUAUGUAUAGCUCAACUGGAUGGUUUAGAUUAUAAUAUAUAUGCUAAACGCACACUACCCUUUAUUAUCGCCCAAAUAACUGCAAUUAGCGACCAAACAUGCUUGCAAUAUCUUCUAGAUUGUGUAAUACAAGCUUUUUCCGACGAAUUCCAUUUGAGAACUCUUAAUGAUAUACUAGAGACCAGCAUUUUGCAUCUAUCGCCAGAGAACCUGAAUUCCAUAUUGAUUAAUCUUAUGAACAGACUAUUAACAUUUAUAAUAAAUAACCCAAAGGCUUGCCUUGAAGGGUUGAAUGUCUUUGGCAUCUUUCAGACUCAUAUAAAUAAAGUAGAUCUAACUAAUGCUAAAAUUGAAUCGGCGUUACAACUGCAGUACAACUUUUUAAAAUUCACCAUUACUUUAUACCCAGGGCUGUGGGAGCAUAUAGAAACUAUACUAGAGCGUUCAAUUGAAAUCAUGCAAUUGAUGAACGUGAAGGAUUUAUCCCCGGACGUUGAUGCUGCGAUUAACAUAAUAACCACUUCGACGGAGGCUUUGGGAAUUGCAUUUUUGCAAUACCCAUAUAUGGAGAAAUUUUUGAGCUAUUUUUCCUUUGACACUAAAAUUGAAGCAUCGUGCAGGGUUAUGGACAUAAUCUCCACCAAAUAUGUUACGACAAUUUCACAGCUAAAAUCAUUAGUAAAUGCAUGCAACUCGAUUUUCGUAGCUACUGAGGAGGAAAAUUGCGAAGUACUACCUAAGAUAGUGCAAAAUAAACUUGUUAAGCAACAGCAAAUGGUGUGGAAGUUGCUGCGUUCUAUUGCCUCAGACACGCCUAAUGAGGAACUAGACAUGAUUUUAUAUCUCCAGAACAAAAUUUUGGAUAGUGGAUAUAGGAGAUGUGAACUAACAAUCCCUUCUAUUGUUAAUAGAUAUUUGGAAUUGAUUUCCAAUAUAUGCUCGCCUGGCGGUUUCACUUCAAGGGCUUCAACACCAAGGAGCGAUUGCGGCGGGAGAUGGAACGACGAAUCGCCUAUGAGUCCUAUGUCCAGCAAUUUUGCAGACCUUUGCCACACUAUUUACAGGCUAAUACAUACUGGAAUUCAAUCAAUCGUUUUAAUUGAUCCACAGAAUGCCAUAAAAUUAUCCAUUCUGGUGGCCAUAAGCGCGAAUGAGUGCAAUGGUACUUUUAACGAAUUCGAACAGGAAUGUUGUGAAUAUAUAACAGACGCAUUAAUUUACUUUGAAGAUUAUAUAGUUGAUUCAACCCAGCAGAUGGAUUUGCUCAAAUAUAUUGCGGGGGCCAUCAGUAGCAAGAUAAGUUAUGUCUCGCCACAGGACAUGGAACCAUUGAUGGGAAGGGUCAUUAAGAGCGGAUAUAAAUUUAUACGCAAGAGAGAUAAAUGCCGAUCUAUUCUUAUCGCUUCCCACAUGUAUUGGAACAACAGUGUAUACAAAAAUCCCAGGCGUGUCUGGGAGUGUUUUUCAAAAUGUCGUGAGAUAGCAAACUCUGGCCUAUAUACUAAGCCUAUCGACCAUUGCAACAUGUUGAUAGACCUAUAUGAUAAGGCUAUUUACUAUACCAAAACGAAGGUGGAAAUGUUCAAUUCACAAUUGCUGAAGGAGAUAGAGAAGGAAAUUCAAUCACUACUUAAUGACAACAAGUUGAAUGAAGCACAGGUUAGCCGGUAUGAGAAAUUGAAAAAUGAAAAUAAUUAG